AUGGCGAAGGAGGAGUGCAAGGCACUACUGGACGCACUCAAUAAGGCGACUGCAUGCUACCACCACCUGGUACUGACCAUCGGCGGCUCCGCGGACUCGCAGAACCUGCGAGAGGAGCUGCAGAAGACGCGCCAGAAGGCGCAAGAGCUGGCGGUGGCCAUCCGCGCCCGACUGACAGCUCCGCUGCGCGACCGGGGCCUGGGCGCUGAGGAACGUGCCGAGUUCGAGCGCCUCUGGGUGGCCUUCUCUGGCUGCCUGGACCUGCUGGAAGCGGACAUGCGGCGUGCGCUGACCUUGGGCACCGAGUUCCCACUGAAUGCGCCGCUGCGGCCGCUCGUGCGUACAGGGGUGGAAGGAGGCGCAGCGAGCGUAGCGGCGCGCGCCCUGAGCGCCUGCAGCCUGCGGCACGAGGCGGAGCGCGGCUUCGACGUGGAAGACCUUCACCAGCUGGAGCGGGAGAUCCUUCAGGUGAGCAAGAUGAUCCACGAUAUGGAGAUGAAGGUCAACGUGCCCCGCUGGACGGUGCAGGCCCGGCAGGAGGCAGGCGCCGAGCUCCUGGCCAGGCCCAGCGCCGGCGUCUCCUCGUUGCGCGGUGUGUCCGUAGAGCAGCACACGGGGCCCUGCGACCUGAGCAAGGCCCUGGCCGCCACCAUCUUCAGCGCCGUGUUGCUGGCGGCUGUGGCCUUGGCCGUGUGUGUGGCGAAGCUGAGUUGA